AUGGAUACCGAGGGACAGUUUAAAGGAGCUAAGGUAACCGUUAUAGGAGCAGCAGGAGGAAUUGGACAACCAUUGUCCUUGAUGCUAAAGGCAAAUUUUAAAGUCGGAAAACUUUCACUUUAUGAUGUUUCAGGAGCUGUCAGUGGUGUCGCCAUGGAUCUUUCACAUAUCGACACACCAGCCCAUAUUGAAUGGUUUACGCCUAAAAAUGGUGGAUUGAAAAAAGCAUUAACUGGAUCUGAAUACGUUCUUGUUCCUGCAGGAGUCCCUAGAAAGCCAGGAAUGUCGAGAAAUGACUUGUUCAAGAUAAAUGCUGGUAUAUGUGCAGAGUUGGCCACAGCAAUUGCAGAGUUUAGUCCUAAUGCGACUACGCUUGUAAUUUCGAACCCUGUCAAUUCCACCGUUCCUGUUUUUGUGGAGAUAUUGAAAAGACACGGUGUGUUCAAUGCAAGAAAACUUUUUGGUGUCACAACGUUGGAUUCUGUUAGGGCUGACACGUUUCUUCACCGAAUAAAGCCAGAAAUGAAAUGGGGACUAAUCAGAGUUGUCGGUGGACACUCUGGAGAUACUAUUGUUCCCUUAUUGUCAACCGUUUUAGGAACAGAGAUGAAUAAAGUUCCCCGGGAAAAAAUUCAAGCUGUUGUUCAUCAUACCCAAUACGGCGGUGAUGAAGUGAUCAAGGCAAAAAACGGGGGUGGGUCUUCUACAUUGUCGAUGGCUUACGCAGCUAAUAAGUUUUUCUGCACAGUAUUGAAUGGGCGUGACCAAUUUUCAAAGGAUCAUGUUGGAUGCACGUAUGUUUGCUUGGAAGAUGAGAGUAUAAAUGGAGUUUCUGAGUUAAAGGGUCUCUUAAGAACAUUCAAGAAGGAUCAGAAUUUGGAUAUGAAGUACUUUGCUAUACCUUGUGUGUUCGGACAACAUGGAAUAGAAAGAGUUAUGUAUGAAUGUUUGGAAAAGCUUCAUCCAUACGAAAAAGAAAUGGUAGAAAUCUGCUGCGAUUCGUUACCUGGAAAUUACGAAAAGGGAUUGGAAUUUACAAGGACAUACUGA